AUCUUAAAUCAUGUUGAAUGUGUAAUAUUAGUUUAUAAUUUUAGGAACGCUAGCUACUUCCUUAUGUGAGCUGGUCACGUGGUAAGUACAAGCGGAGUAAAUAUGGCGACGGUCAGGAUGUACAUUUAACAUUAAAUAGUUUCACUGUAUUUCCUACUGGGUACUUUAUUAUACCAGUGCAUGACGUCCCACUGCCGAUAUUACCCGGUAACGGUGCACGAUUCCCGGACGAGCAAUGUGUCAUUGAUGGGGGUCGGGAUACGGUCGUGUUCCGUUUCGCAUCGUCUGUUUGCCAGCUAACUGUCUUGACGUCGAUACUGUACGGCGGACGGAGCCAGAUAGAUAGUCCCGGCGUUAAGUGCUAUUGUUUAUAUACAGCGGUGACAGACAUGACAGCCUUUGGUCAGAUGUCAUGUUGAUAUGUGGUCUUCCUGCAUCGUGUGAUAUCAUCAUGGACAGACAGGUGAAGACUACUCCCAGUUGGUAGAGGUAACGGGACGCAGAGGUAACGGGACGCAGACAGACAGAGACAACCGUCAGUGUCGUGGACUGUUACUCCCAGCCAGUAGAGGGAUACAGACAGUCAGUCUGACUGUCUAUCAGGCAGACAGCGAGCCCAGUGGAUGGACUUCCUCUGAUGUCAAAGUUGACCCCGGCCGGGUCCAGAGAAAAGAUGAUUGGUGCCCCAGACGUGGUGGCGUUUACUAAGGAGGAUGAUUUUGGGGAGGUAGGGUACCCCGACCCCUGGGUGGUGCCAGAAGAGUUUUCUGUCCCUCUGUUUCCAUCGAACAACAACGCCAACCCCUGGGCCAAGACGUCAUACGCCAAGUUCACUAAGGACUUCAUCCUCAUAUCAGAGUUCUCUGAGCAGGUGGGCCCCCAGCCUCUGCUCACCAUUCCUGAUGACCCGAAGGUGUUUGGGACCUUUGACCUCAACUACUUCAGUCUGAGGAUCAUGUCUGUUGACUACCAGGCCUCGUUCGUAGGACACCCCACCGGCAGCGGAUACCCACGACUCAGUUUUGUGGAGGACUCCAGGGUGGUGCUGGGUGACUCUAAGGAGGGGGCGUUUGCCUACGUUCACCACCUGACUCUGUAUGACCUGGAGGCGCGAGGCUUCGUCCGGCCGUUCUGCAUGGCCUACGUCUCUGCCGACGAGAGGAAGAUCAUGCAGCAGUUCCAGGAGCUGUCGCUCCUCUUCUCCCGCGCCUCCGAGUGCCUGAAGACCGGAAACCGGCGGGCCUUCGCCCGCGAGCUGCAGAGGAAGCUACGGGACCUGGAGUACACGCGGUCCGUUCUGCAGAAAGAGGAGGGGCUUCAGCGGGAGGUGGGGCCUCAGGGGUGUUACUCCGCCCACGCGGUGGACAAGGCCAAUGAGCUCGCGGCGAUGGAGAAGAGUAUCUACGAGCACCGAGACCUGCUGAGGCAGAUCACCUCGUACCCCCUCCGCCCCCGCCGGGACCCCCACGCUGCACACUGUCAACACUGUGUCACAGAGUCCCAGAGACACAGAGACGCACCGCCCGGCCCUGACACGGGGGAGGAGGCGGGAGAGAGGAGACAGUCCUACACCCCUCAGCUGAUAAAAGGGAAGUCGGCGAAAUGUUUCGCCAAGCGUCUGAAAGACCUGACGGAGUUAUGUGAGGAGAGGUUCUACGAGGCCACCGUGGAACUACUCACUCACACCGAGAGGUGUUUCAGGGGGGACUUGUGUUACCUGUACACCCGCCGCCUGGACCGAGCGCUACGCAGGAAACAGAACAUCACCAACUUCCUGUUUGAGGAGGAGCUGGGGGAGGAGGAAGAGGAGGUAGCGGUGCUGGGAAGAAUCUUCUGUUCUCUCAACCACACAGUGGGGACGGACCCACACUCCCAUAUACACACCCCGUCCAUCGUGCUGUGCCCGGCGCCACCGGAGUCUGUGGAGGUUCUGGAGGUGUACCCUCCCUGUCCUGAUAACUCUACCCAGCAGAGUGAGGCCCUGACCGGAGAGGAGAGGCUGGAGUCGUCACUCUCUGACCUGACCAUGGAGACACAGGACCAGGAAAGCUCUGAGGGGAAUAAGGAUAGCUUUAGUAGCGACAGGAGUGGAGGAGAGGAGGAGGAGGGAGGAGACCAGACCCCUGUUUUUCUGCUGGACGCUGAGGAGGGAGAGGGUGAGACACACCGUGUGUGUGAGAGGGAGGGAGAGACCGAAGGAGUCUUUAACGGAAAGAGGGAGGGAGAGACCGAAGGAGUGUUUAACGGAAAGAGGGAGGGAAAGACCGAAGGAGUGUUUAACGGAAAGAGGGAGGGUGAGACAGAAGGAGUGUUUAACGGAAAGAGGGAGGGAGAGACAGAAGGAGUGUUUAACGGAAACAGGGAGGGAGAGACCGAAGGAGUGUUUAACGGAAAGAGGGAGGGAAAGACCGAAGGAGUGUUUAACGGAAAGAGGGAGGGUGAGACAGAAGGAGUGUUUAACGGAAAGAGGGAGGGAGAGACAGAAGGAGUGUUUAACGGAAACAGGGAGGGAGAGACCGAAGGAGUGUUUAACGGAAAGAGGGAGGGAAAGACCGAAGGAGUGUUUAACGGAAAGAGGGAGGGUGAGACAGAAGGAGUGUUUAACGGAAAGAGGGAGGGAGAGACAGAAAGAGUGUUUGAGAGAGGGGCUGAGAGAGAGGAGGGAGGGGCUGAGACAGGGGAGGGUGAUGGACAGAGAGUUCCUGACCCUGAGUUGUUGGUCCAGAUGGACACGGCCUGCUGCAUGUCUCAGGAGGGCUUCCUGUACAACUCCUCUCCCCCAGACACGCUGCCUGCUGCUGGGCUGCAGCCCGGCUCUCUUCCCCUGGUGGUCAACCAGGAGCCCCAGGCCCUGCUGCCGGUCCAGGGGGUCUACGGCCUGGGUUCCACCCGCUGCCAGAGCCCUGGGGCUGGACUGGACCUGCCCAUCUCCUCCUUGGGAGAUACCACCUCCAGGGGAUCGGACCAGGACGGGUCAGACUGUACCAUGUCAGCGUCUACGGGGUCCGAUCGGGCCGGCUCACCUCUGGGGUACGGGGGGGUGGUGACGCUGAGGCAGAAGAAGAGGGCCGGGCAGGGAGCGCUCAGGUGAGUCACUCAUUGGUUGAUU